CCCACUGUGGCCACUUCUGUGGAGUUCCUCUUCCUCCUUGAACUGCCUCCCAGCCAGCCAGAGCCCCACUCCCCCAGGGCCAGGAAGUGCCUGGGGCAGUGAGCUCACCCUCCCACCCAAGCAGGGGGUCACCCUCUGUCCCAAGCACCUGCCCAGGUGGAAACUCCUGCCACAACCAGGAUGGGCUCAUCUCUGCUGGUUACCAUUCAGGCUCAAGGUGCUGACUAUGAUGAGUCCCCAGUUCCUCAGACCCUGAGAGCUGGGUCCCUGGGCUCAGGUACAGGAAGUGGAGGGGCUCCAUUGUCACUGCCACAGGAGCUCCACUGGGUGGAGCAGGAGUGACUCCUGUUUGACCCUAGUUCUGCCCCUGGUUGCUGUGAGGCCAGGGUUGCCUGUUUGCUCACCAUCAACCUCUCAGGGUGGCAGCAGGAUUGGGUGUGGUAGCAUAUGGACAGUGCUUGGAUACUGGCCACCAUCUCUAGCACUGCCCCUUGCCCAGGGCCAUUGCUUCGGAGCCUUCGCAAGCCCACUCCAGGACUUCUAUCCUGGUCCCACCUCAGGGAUGGGUAGUGACCCAGCUGGGAGUGGCCUCCCUCCUCUGUGGUUUUGGCUGGUUAUAAUUGGUACCCCCAUCUGCCCUGGUGCCCCCUAGGUGGAGGGUAAACAGGAUCCCCCAGCAGGGAUCAGCUAGAUGGCACAUCAAUCUAGAUGCAGGUGAGAAUGGGCCCUAGGGGACAGUGACCUGUCUAGGUGAGCAGAUGGGCAGGAUUAGAAUCCGGGUAUCAGACAUGGCCUGCCACUAUGUCCCUGCCCUCCAUAAAGUGGCCUCAACAAUGGGUACAAGGACAGGCUCAUCGAUGUCAGGGCCCCAGUCUGAUUUCAGAUCACCAUUUGUGCUGACUCAGAGACUUCAACUUAGGUACAGCCUUGAGGAACAAAGAGUCUGGGCAGAACUAUUGGGAUGGGAGCAACAGAUGUGGGCAUCCAGGAAGGUGCUGGCUGGCCAGGGGCGUGGGUGAGGGGGGUGAAUGUGGAUACAGGGGGCUCUGGGCAAGCCCUUUCAGAAGUCCCAAAGUCAGGGUGUUUGUCUCUAAAGCCUCGAGUAAGGGCAUUUCAUAUAGGCUUACCUUUGGUCUGUGGAGGUCAAAGACAGAUUCACUCUGACCUCAAGGGUGUCCUGUGUGCCUGACCAGAUUAAGCCUCUAUUUCUUAGGCCCUGCCAGAAGAUUGCAGGCAUGUGUGUGGUCAGAGAGCAUUCCAGGGGAAAGUGAUCCAAUCUGGGAGGGGAGGGCCUUGCCCCUCUAGGCUGGGGUCGAGUUCAAGUUCUGCUUGAAUUUACUUCUUUUUGUUUUCAACAGCAAGAGGUCCCCCAAGCCAGAAAGAGCAGGGUCAGGAGGGAAAGGGCAGGGGUGGGAGAUCAGGCCUCCGGGCUGGCUAAAGGCAGUUCUGAGGCAGGAAACGCCCCUGGCUUCCUCUAGGCCUGGGACUGAAAGGAAAGGCUGCCCAGGAAGGAGGCUUCCCCUCCCUCUGGGCUGCAGAAUGGUGUCAUGUAGGAAGUCCCCUGGUUUCAGAGCCCGCCUAGGAUUCUGAGAGGCCUGAUCUGGGAUCACCUCUCCAGCCUGCACCCCCACCCACAGGGAGCAGCCAGGCCCCUUUCUCUUCCAAGACAAGGAUGUAGCCAUUGCCAGGGCCCAUGGACCUUGCAAGCAUGCAAGUUCCCUGUGGGAAAAUGAGAAAGUUGGACAAGCAGAGAGGGAAACGAGGCGUCUGCCAGAGGGGAGCACAGGUAGCGGCUGGGCACCUUCCUUCCAGGCAGAUGUAUGGAAUAGACACACACAGCUAACUACACCUGCUCUUUCCACUUAACAAUAAUACCCAUUACUAGAUUGGAUCCAUCAUGGGCAGAGCACCAACAGCCCUCAGCAAGGGGACCUGAGGCUUGGGGAGGUUCAAAGUGGGAACCCAGACAUAACGAGGGGCAAAACAGACUCCUCACCUGGCUCUAAGCAGGUCUCUGGGGUUCUGGAGAGGGAGUGGGAGGGUUGAGGUGGUCCCAGGGAAGUUGGGGAGGUGGAAAUGGUUCUCCAGAGGGGAGGUCAAGGUGGUGCACCCUAGUGCUGCGAGGGUGGGGGUUGGGAGAUGGAUGUGUGGGGUGUGUGGGGUGUCCAGGUGACCAGUGGAUGCUGGGGACCCCCUAGGGUGCUGGUGGGCCCAGGCCUCGCCCACACUGACACUCUCCACUCCUGCCCCACCCCCCACCAUCCUGCAGACAACAAGUCGCCCCCAGAGGCGCUUCGCUUCCACGCAGAAGCCAAGGGCUCACAGGUGCACCUGGAUACCCAUUGCUGCACCGCGCGCAGGCGCGCCACGUUCCACGACGGCAUCGUCUUCAGUCAGCGGCCUGUGCUGCCGGGAGAGCGUGUGGCACUGCGCGUGCUGCGGCUGGAGGAAGGCUGGUGCGGCGGCCUCCGCGUGGGCUUCACGCGCCUGGACCCCGCGCGCAUGUCCGCGUCCAGCCUGCCGCCCUUCGUGUGCCCAGACCUGGAGGAGCAGAGCCCGACGUGGGCUGCUGUGCUGCCCGAGGACUGCGCGCUUGAGGGGGAUGUGGUCUGUUUCUGGGUGAACCGCCAUGGCAGGCUCUUCGUUAAGAUCAACGCUGGCCGCCCGUUCCUGCUGCGCAAGGGCGUGCUCAUGGGCGCCCCGCUCUGGGCAGUAAUGGACGUGUACGGGACCACCAAGGCCAUCGAACUUCUGGAUUCCACAGCCAGCCAGUUCCCCACAACUGUGUCUUAUGUCCUCAGCAACAUGGAAGUGCCAGAGCGUGAAGCUGCAUCGGGAGAUGAAUGUACUGUCUGCUUACACCAUGUUGCCAACACCUGCCUUGUACCCUGUGGCCACAAGCACUUCUGCAGCUACUGUGCCUGGAAAGUCUUCAAGGACACGGCCAAGUGCCCCUUGUGUCGCUGGCAGAUAGAGGCCCUGGCCCCGGCAUGAGUCUCCCCUGCUCUGAGGACCAGUGUAGACUCAUGAGAGGAGAAGCCUUCGUGGUGUGGACAGCAGGUUGGGCCUACAUCUGUGCCCACUCGUGGAGAGAGGAGUCAGCAGUAGAGAGAGGAAGGCAAGGAUGGGCAGG